AACAACCUGUUUUAGAUUUAUAUUCAACUUAUCAGCCUUCUAAUCAGAUUCUGACUUUGAUAAUCCUGAAGCAACUCUACUAGGAAAAAUUUAACAGCAAUUAAUCAUAUGAACAGCCAAUAACAACAUGGAAUGUGGCAAGACCCACAACUGUCAAAUUACUCACACAUGUGCCAGCUGUUUAUUUUCCUUAGCUCUUCUACGAAAAACGUUUUUUCUAGUUAAAAAAUAAAAAACUAAUUACAAAAGUAUUACCAAACAGCCCAUACAUAUGUAUUCAUAACAAUAUGUACAGACAGUGACAGUUUACCAGCACCAGGCGCAAUGUCAAUUCCACUAUGUUUAUUUUGAAACCAAAGUCCCAAGUCAAGGCCAUAUAAUGUAUGGUAUGGUUUUCAAGCAUGUGGACCAACUGCUAGAUGAAGAUAACUCAGAGCUACUCAACCAAACAAAAACAUAGAAUCUCAAAAUUCCAGAUUGAAUUCCAUUUUCAAUUUCCAAAUGGCAAAAACACAAAUCAAAAUUGAAUCCAUGGAGAACAGUCAUCCGAAGCCCCAUGCCAUCAUGAUAGCCCUACAUCUCCAAAGCCACGUUAUCCCAACAGUUAAUCUAGCAAUGAAGCUAGCUUCUAAGGGCUUCACCAUCACCUUCGUCAACACCCAAGCCAUACACCACCAGAUAAUCAAAUCUCGACCUAAAACUUCCCAAGAUGAUGACGAUGAAGACAUCUUUGCCGCAGCACGUAAAUCCGGCCUAGAUAUUCGCUACAAAACGGUAAGCGAUGGUUUUCCUGUGUCCUACGAUAGGUUCGUUGACCAUGACCAGUUCCUUGAGGGGUUUUUGCAUGUCUUCCCAGCGCAUGUAGAUGAACUUGUCGGAAAUAUAGUCGCAGCCGAUCCCUCAGUCUCGUGCUUGAUCGCAGAUACUUUCCACACAUGGCCAUCAACCAUAGCCAACAAGUAUAAACUUGUCCAUAUUUCCUUCUGGACCGAACCAGCUCUGGUUUUUACACUCUACUAUCACUUGGACCUCCUUGUAAGAAAUGGUCAUUUUGCUUCUCAUGAUAAUCGAGAGGAUACAAUAGAUUACAUACCGGGUGUUGAGGCUAUUGAGCCAAAGGACUUGAUGUCUUACCUUCAAGAAACAGAGGUGUCAAGUGUGAUGCACAGAAUCUUGUACAAGGCAUUCGAGGACGUGAAAAAGGCAGACUUUAUUCUCUGCAACACGGUUGAAGAGCUUGAAUCCCACGCCAUUUCAGCCAUACAAGAGAAGCAGCCAAUAUAUGCAAUAGGCCCUGUUUUAGACAAUAAGCAAGACAGGGGAAUAGUAGCCAAAAGCCUUAGGCCCGAGUUUGACUGCAGACUAUGGCUGGACACAAAGCCUCAUGGUUCAGUUUUGUAUAUCUCGUUUGGAAGUUGUGCUCUUAUCAGUAUAUAUGAUAUGGAAGAAAUAGCUCAGGGGCUUUUGCUGAGCAAAGUGAGUUUUGUUUGGGUGCUGCGUCCUGAUACCGUGAGCUAUGCUAAAUCCUAUGUCCUACCCGUUGGAUUUGAAGAUGAGAUCAAAGGCAGAGGGUUGAUCGUGCAGUGGUGCAAUCAGAUUGAGGUGGUUUCGCAUCCAGCCGUGGGAGGGUUCUUAACACACUGUGGAUGGAAUUCAGUGCUGGAAAGCGUGUGGUGUGGUGUAACAAUGCUCUGUUUCCCAAUCUUCACUGAUCAGGUGACUAACAGGAAAUUAGUGGUUGAUGAUUGGAGGGUUGGACUCAAUCUGUGUGAUAGGAAACCAUUGACCAGGAUGGAAGUGAGGGAGAAGAUCAACCGUCUGAUGAGCGGAAAGUCAGCAGAAGAAUUGAGGGUGGAGAUGAAGAAGAUAAGAGAGAUAGUGAAGAAUGCCGUGGAGGGGGAUGGAUUAUCAGAAAAAAGAAUACAUGAGUUCAUUUUCCAGGUCAAAUCUCAAAUUAAGAAAAGGAUUAUGACAUAAUCAGAUACAAUUAUUUCGGUGUUUUCUUUGAAAGGAUUUUUGUUUAUGUUUGACUUUUAAUUCUUUGCUCCCACUCUAUAUUAUCUCAUCACCUUUUAUUAUUA